CACCAUCGAUUCGUGGCGGACAGCAAAGACAAGGAACCAGAAGUUGUCUUCAUCGGGGACUCCUUGGUCCAGCUAAUGCACCAGUGUGAGAUCUGGCGGGAGCUCUUCUCUCCUCUGCACGCGCUUAACUUUGGCAUUGGUGGGGACAGCACACAGCAUGUACUCUGGCGGCUGGAGAAUGGGGAGCUGGAGCACAUCCGGCCCAAGAUUGUAGUGGUCUGGGUGGGCACCAACAACCACAGCCACACAGCCGAGCAGGUGACAGGUGGCAUCAAAGCCAUUGUACAACUUGUGAACAAGCUGCAGCCCCAGGCACGGGUGGUUGUGCUGGGCCUGCUUCCAAGGGGCCAGCACCCCAACCCACUUCGGGAGAAAAACCGACAGGUAAACGAGCUGGUCCGGGCAGCGUUAGCUGGCCACCCCCGAGCCCACUUCUUAGAUGCAGACCCUGGCUUUGUGCACUCUGACGGCACCAUUAGCCACCAUGACAUGUACGAUUACCUACAUCUGAGCCGCUUGGGGUACACACCUGUUUGCCGGGCCCUGCACUCCUUGCUUCUUCGACUCCUGGCCCAAGACCAGGGCCAAGGCACCCCUCUGUCAGAGACCACACCCUAAGUGUCUUUCCUUCCCAUGACAUUAAAUUCUUUUCCUCCUCC